GUUGACGAUGUUCGAAAACAGUUGAGAAGAAUAGCACAGCGUUUGGGCAUAUCCCUUAAAUCUUGUGACCACGAUAUGCAGGCAGUGAGGAAGGCAGUUACUGCUGGAUUUUUCUCUAACGCUUGUCGCAUAGAAGCCUUCAGCCAUAACGACGCAUACAAAACUAUACGAGGUUCACAAGAAGUCUAUAUUCACCCUUCGUCUGUAUUAUUCAGAGUGAAUCCAAAGUGGGUGAUCUACCAUUCUAUUGUCUCGACUGAGCGUCAGUACAUGCGCAAUGUCAUCACUAUAGAACCCUCGUGGCUGCCAGAGGCUGCUCCGCACUUCUACCACCGCCAACAGCUCGAUCCUAGAUUGCAUUCCCUUUGACAAUAAACCUUAUGCCGGAUCCGUGCUCCUUCUCGGUUGCUCACUCCCGCCACUUGCGAUUGUUUGCCUGAAGAUGUAUGCACCAGUGAAAGAGCUUAGAUACACCUCAUGCAAACUUGUUUCGUCGCAGACCUCUGUGAGAUUGCUAAAUUUGAAGCUAGAGGUGAAAGAGGCAGAGGUACUGAUUCCUUGAGGUGGUGGUGGUGCUACUUAGUCAGUCGGAUUAACUUUCAAUUCAUCAAAAUCAGGAGUCUCAUCAUUGUCACAGUGAAAUCAAAUGUAUUAGGUGGUUGGAAUAUCAAAUGGUGAGUUGUAUCAGUCAAUUCCUCUAAAAUGAUUAAAAAGUUGUAUUCGAGUUUCUAUGUAAAAUGGGCAUCCGCGUCACUGCUUACCCAUUCAUAUUCUUACUCUAUGGAUCCAACCACAAAAAGUAGGUCAUUUUAUUUCGACUAUCAAAACUAGACUAUUUCUUUAAUAAUAAUAUAUUCUCUCAAUCCACUAAAAA